AUGAGACGAAUCGCUGUCAGAUGGAGCACGGGAAAGCAGAAGUUGGUGAUUAUGUUUGCAGUCAACGUGGUGUGUUUUUUCCUGGCACACUUCACAUUAUCUAGCCUCCAUCUUAUAGGACACCGUCGGACUUUUCCCCUCAGAUCACAGAGAUCUGCACCUUCAGGUUCAACGCCUGACCCAAAGAAGACGCCAGAAGAUAUGCAACUCACUACUUCUGAAGUCUCCAAACAUGUCAACACUACAAAAGCGCGUUUGUUUAAAAAUUCAGCGUGCGUCAGCAAUCAGUUCUUUAAUGACACUACCCGUUGUUCAAGUUGUCUGCGACCAGGAGCUGGUAAGAUUGAAUUCCUUCGUACCCCAGUAGAACAUUUGAACCCAGCCAACUACACUGGUUAUUUCAAACCUGCGUCAGGUGUUGUACAAAAUCUCAUCACCGACUACCUGAUAACUCCCAGUCUGGACUGUCCGUACCUCCUAGCUGUCCAAGCUUCCGUGAAGGACCGACCUCAUGAGAGAGAUCUUGUUCGGAGAACUUGGGGCAGUGUUGCAGAAACCCAAACAUGGCCCAAUCGAACAAUCAACGCUAAAAUAAAGAUCUUGUUUGUUGUAGCACACAUAAAUAAAACAGAGCAGGAGAACCAACGGAACCACACACUUCAGUUCGCCGAGCUAGUUUCAGAAGCUCGACUUCACAACGACAUUCUCUACAUUGACAUGAUCGACAAUUACCAAAAUUUGACGCUAAAACUUGUAUCAGCCUUUAAAUGGGUCAAGGACAACUGCCCGUGUGUCACGUUCGUCCUAAAGGUCGACUUUGACACGUUCGUCAAUGUCCCUCUGCUUGUAGACUUCUUGUUACUGCACCAGGACGAGUUCGUGUUCUCUGUACUGGGCGUAGUUUACAAGAAUGCUGUCCGAAGAUGGGGAAGAUGGCGGGUGCCCAAAUCUGUGUACCCUAUGCAGAACUACCCUUUUUAUGCAUCAGGAUGCGCCUAUGUCCUGUCCAUGAAAGUCAUCUCUCAAGUAGUGGACACUGCGCCCCACUAUCGCAUUCUUCCUAUAGAAGACGCCUUCAUCACGGGCAUCCUCCGACUGGUCAUCGGGUAUCAGCUGGUCAACGUUCCCACGGCCUUCACCCACUACACAGACAACAAGUGGCAUCAUUGUCAGUUGCUCAACGACACCAAGGCUCUAGCUGUCAGUCGCCAGGGCUACAAACACAAACGUGUCUGGAAAUCCUUUCUGGAGAGUUCUUGUAGAUAA